GCAUGGCUGAGGAUGUACGGUUACCUGCCCCAGGCCAGCAGGCAGAUGUCCACUAUGAGAUCAGCUCAAAUCCUCUCCAGUGCCGUCAGUGACAUGCAGAGAUUCUACGGCCUGGAGGUGACUGGCCAAAUGGAUGCCCAAACAAUAGAGGCAAUGAGAAGACCUCGAUGUGGUGUGCCUGACAAAUUUGGAGGCCAGAUAAAAACCAACGUGCGGCGGAAACGCUAUGCCCUCACUGGACAUAAAUGGAAUAAAAAUCACCUCACAUACAGCAUUCAGAACUACACUCCGAAAAUUGGGGAAUACAACUCAUUUGAGGCUAUCCGGCGAGCUUUUAAAGUCUGGGAGAAGGUCACGCCUCUAACCUUUGACGAAAUCCCCUACCAGGAGAUCAAAUAUGGCCGUCGAAAGGAACCUGACAUCAUGAUCUUCUUUGCUUCUGGUUUCCACGGCGACAGCUCUCCUUUUGAUGGAGAGGGAGGCUUCUUGGCACAUGCUUAUUUCCCUGGUCCCGGAAUGGGGGGAGACACUCACUUUGACUCCGACGAACCCUGGACAAUAGGAAACCAAAAUUUACAAGGCAAUGACCUCUUCCUCGUAGCAGUCCAUGAGCUGGGUCACGCUUUGGGGUUGGAGCACUCCAACAACCCCCUGGCCAUCAUGGCUCCUUUCUACCAGUGGAUGGAGACUGAAAAUUUCCAACUCCCUGAAGAUGACCGACGGGGAAUCCAACAGAUUUAUGGUCAGCCCGACAGCAGUCCCACACAAGCACUGCCCACUGUCACACCUCGCCGUCCGGACCCCAGACCUCCUCAGAAUCCGCCGCAGAACCCUCCUCAGAACCCCCCUCGCCACCCUGACCGGCCCAGGACCACAGACCGGCCAGACCACUACGGACCAAACAUCUGCGAAGGCAACUUUGACACAGUCGCUAUGCUCCGAGGAGAAAUGUUUGUUUUCAAGGGCCGGUGGUUCUGGCGGGUCCGCAGAAACAGGGUGCUGGAUAACUACCCCAUGCCCAUCGGUCACUUCUGGAGGGGUCUACCUGGAGAUAUAGAUGCUGCUUAUGAGAGACACGAUGGGAAGUUUGUCUUCUUCAAAGGGAAUAGAUACUGGGUUUUCAGGGAGGCCAAUCUGGAGCCAGGCUAUCCACAAGAACUGGUCCACUAUGGGUCCGACAUUCCAUACGACAGAAUCGAUGCAGCUAUCUGGUGGGAGCCAUCGGGCUACACCUACUUCUUCCAAGGAGACAGGUACUGGCGUUUCAACGAGCAGAGCCGAUCAGCUGACAGCGGCUACCCAAAACCCAUCAGCGUGUGGGGCUCUUCGGUGCCCCAGUCUCCCAAGGGUGCCUUCCUCAGCGAUGAUGGAGCCUACACUUACUUCUACAAGGGCUCUAAGUACUGGAAGUUCGACAACCACCGCAUGAAGAGCGAACCCGGCUUCCCCAAGUCCAUCCUGCGGGACUUUAUGGGCUGCAGCGUGGACCUAGAUCCAGACAGAACCACUGACACGGAUACAGAGCGCAAAUACCCCGACGUGAACCGGCCACCCUUCAACCCCGACGCGGGACGAGACGGAGACAAGGGCAAGGACCGAACGGACAAAGAGAAGGAAACGGGGAGAGGGAAAGAUAGAGAGGAGGAGGAGAGAGAGGGUAGAGAAGAGGAGACCAAUGAAGUCGAUGUGGUUUUGAAGGUGGAUGACAGUGAACAGCGGACCAUGAAUAUCCUAAUGGUGACUAUACCCUUGGUGCUGGUGUUGUGUAUCCUGGGACUCAUCUAUGCGAUCAUCAACACGCUACAGAGCAAAGGAGCGCCGCGUCUGCUGGUUCACUGCAAGCGCUCACUACAGGAUUGGGUCUGACCUCUGGACCCAGUGGGCGGUGGACUAAGAAAGGGUGCAGUCUUUUGUAUAUGUGGUUUUAUGAGCUACGUUAAUUUGGCAUUAGCAUCUUGAUAGGUAAACAGACAGGUGAAGAUGUCACCCACAAAAACCAAGUCAUUUUUCAGUCAACUUUUCUUUUUUUUUUUUUUUCAAAUAUUUUUGCUAGCACUUCUAUGUUGGCCCAACUACCCAUACAAAUUUCUUUUGUUUACAUGAUAAUUACUUAUGUACUUAGUCCAAUGAGGUUAAUUUGGUCUUCUGAUAUUUUAUGUUAUUAGGUUCUUUUUUCAAACCAAGAGAUUGUUUUCAUACCUGACAGUGACCACUCUGAGGAAGACCACUAGUGAGCAGUUGAAACUGUCAGGUAUGAAAACAAACUCUUGGUCUGAAAAAAUAACCUAAUAACAUAAUUAUGUUGUUGUUGACUCAAAUAUAAUAAAGUUUUUUUUUUUAAUCUGUAAUGGGUGACACUUCAGACCCCUUCUAAAAUGAAAGAAAAUAUGCAAAUCACAUAAAUCCAAUAUAAAUCUCACCCAAAAUUAUGAUAUAUAUUUUUUUUCAAACAGAUUACCUAUAAUGAUUCUCUAGAACUAGCUCAAAUACAACCACAUAUUCAAAGCUUUCCCUUGAAAUGAAUACAGAUGCCCACCCCAUACGCUUGUCUAAUCAAACUUCCUCCCAGUGGUCCACACCAAUUUCUGUUCAGUGGCUCAACAUUUCAUAAACGUGGUAGCUGAUCCAUGCAAAUACCAAUUUCAAACACACCCUCUCAUUUUUCAUGGUGCUACAACACGGACACUGUAGUCUAUUUAUAUGAGAGACGUUUGCACAUGUUUUUUUUUUUUUUUUAUUCCUUUGUUUUGCGUGGUCUUUGUUAUUUUAUUUGACUUUUUUAAUGAUUUUCUCAACUAGAAAGACUGUAACUCGCCCUCCAUCUCUGCACCACAUGCAUUCUCCGAUCUCAACAGAGGCUUAUAAUAUUACCCUUGCAGAAAAUGAGGAAAUUCGAGAAGCUGAGCGAUGAUCACACCUCUUAUCAUAUUGUAAACCACAUUCCUAUUUUCUCUUUCCUAUCUCUACAAAUUGGGUACAUUUUUGAUCCCCUAGGGUGCUUAAGAAAUGUUGAAUUUUCUUGCCAUUUCUAACAAAGAUUACUUCCAUCUUUAUGGUAAUUUUCCCAGUAAAUUCAGACAAGAAAAACUUGACUUUCUAAAGAAACUUAUGGGUAAUGUAAUGUGCAGAAUCCGUUGUUGCUUAUAAUUAAAUAAGUUCAUAUAGAGUAAUUAGAAAUACAGCAUGUGCCAUAGCCUUUCUAAUGUAGCAUAAAAAGAUAAGUUAAAAUUGUCUUGCAGUUUUACUUGGCAGGAGGUAUUUGGUUUGGCUGGCCAAGCAAAUUGCUAUUACAAAAGUAGACUAAAAAGGCACUUGUAAAUUCUACUAGGUUCAUGCAUGUAGUUACUUCCCAUUACUAGCUGUAAAAACGUCAACAGCCAGUUGCCUUUCCUUCCCUUAAUAGGCAAGCCAUUUCCAAGCUCUUUCAGGGUUAAAGUAAACCAAUAUUACAAGGACUUGUCCCAUUAACCGGCUAAUUCUUAGCAUACUUCCUUCAUGUCAACAUUUAGACCUUUUUUCCUUUGCAGAGUUUAGGCUAAUAGUUCAUUUAAGAAGCCUGCUCACUGUGAAAUUCCAUUCAUCUAUUACUAGUGUAAAACAAAGCUAGGUUCAGGAGAGGAUGCCAUCACACAUGCACGUAGAGGCUAAUGUAGCGUGUAGCUAGUAAUGGAUUUUUUACUGCUCAUGUUUUUAAAAGGGCAUUUUCAGUGACCUCAUGUGUGACCUGUAGCUGUCUGAUGUCCUCGUGGGGCUAAACCAGUGUGGGCUAAAGCUAAUCCGCUUCAUUAAAAAACAGCAGGUGUGCACCAAUGCUGUUAACCCCCACGACCCCCCAAAGCAAACCUUGAACUCAGAGGAACUAAAAACUCCCUGUUUCUUUUUAUCUUACAGGCCGGAGGAAGGGAUGAAAGGGAGUGUGCUAUGUUUCUAUUAGCCUGGUAGGAGAUUAGCCACUGUUUGUAGGCAUCACAAGUCAGUCCCAGUUUCAUUAAAGAAGGAAGGCACAGAAGUGUAGACUUGGGUUUUGGAAAAAUCAAAGACAUAUUUAAAGUUGUAUUUUGGGAUAAAGGAAGCAUGAUCCAGAUGAUUUGAGCAUUGUGGAUUUGUUAAACCAAGAGGCUCAUUACCAUUUUCAAUACCGCAAUGAUAUAAAAGAAAUAUUUUUAGACAAUAGAAUGUAUUUUUCGAAACAAAAUAGUAGUCUCAUGAACCCCUUGACACCUGAAUUGAUAUAGAUGAAUAUAAAAAAAUGUUUUGAGUGUGUUUUUGCCUUUAAGUAGAUAGUAAAUUAAGUUGAGAUUGUUAAUUUGACUAUAGCAAAAAACAAAAACAAAAAACAAACAGAAAUUUAGAUAUGUUGCAAAUUUCCGACAAGUAGAAACAAGUGCUUUCCAAAGGUUCCUGGGAAGGUACUGCAUAUGCACUAACUGGCGUUGAGGAAAUGCAGCCGCUAUCUCGGCUUAUAUCUUGAUCGAAAUGGUUUGUUGCAUAUUUGUGACAGUCGGCAUUAAGGGGUUAAUAUUGCCAAGUGUUUAAGAAAUAGAUUGGGCUCACUCUAAAAGGAAAGGUCUAAUUUCAUCCUAUACAUUUUUAUCUAUGUUACUUUUUUAAUUUCAAUAUUCAUACAAGUAGCAUUCAAUUAGUAUUGACCUUUUGGCAAACCUAAUCACUUACGUGAAACUAUAAACACUGAACAAAACCACUCCUUAUCCUGCGCUAUUGUCUACAUAGGUUUUAUAGUUGUUUCUGAAUGCAUUGUGGACUAUAUUUCCCAUAGUACAUUGUGGUCACAUAGUUUAUAUACAUAUAAUGGCUUUGCUGAUGGCUGCAGGGCUCGAGUGACAAUGAGCUCUUUUUGUAGACAUAAGUUUCCAUACGCACCAUUACCACAUGAUUAACAGACAGUUGCAUAGUGUCCACAACUCUUCACUACUGAGUCAACUAUAGUGCUGGCAUUGACAGGGCUUUUAUUGCAGAGUGAAAUGUAUGACCACUAUUGUGCAUAUUGCAAUCAUUUGGUAUAGAGUCUUGUGAGUGUGACUUUAGUUUUUCGCAUUGGGUUAAACCACUUAUUGCAACAGCUUGACAGAACAUGACUUAGAAUGCAAAGUUUGUAUAAAAUUAUAACUUACAGUGUCGAAUUAUACAGUUUGAGAAUUGCUGAUUAGGUAUUAACCCGUUUGGUUUAUAUC